AUGGCCGCCGCUAAACCAGUCUACUUCGGCGCCUUCCUCGUCACUUCACAAGUCUUCUACCGCACGGCACACUCCUUCGCGCUUGUCAACCUGAAGCCGCUGCUGCCCGGACAUGUGCUCGUGUGUCCGAACAGGGUGGUGCCGCGGUUGAAGGAUCUUAGUACUGAGGAGGUAACAGACCUCUUCCUUACCGUCCAGAAGAUCGGAAAGGCCGUCGAGCGCAUCUACAAAGCCGACGCCCUCAACAUCGCGAUGCAGGACGGCGCUGCGGCGGGACAGUCUGUCCCACACGUACACACCCACAUAAUCCCACGCCAGUUCCAGGACCUCGAGAAGGAGGACCAGAUCUACACGAUGCUCGAAUCCGACGACGGCGACCUGCUGCGCAACUAUCUUGAAGCGCGGCACCCCAGCACGCUCGAGGGCAUGAAGGCUAUUCCGGCCCACCACGGGCCCGCGGCCGUGAUCGGCGAGGCGAACAGCAAGACCAUUAGUAGCAGUGGUGGACGGCCAAAAUUCCCCACGGUCAAUUUGGAAGGCGAGAGGAAGCCGCGGACUGAGGGGAUUAUGAGGGAGGAGGCGGAGUGGCUGGCAAAGUGCCUGAAGGAGCAGGAGGAGGAAGGACUGUGUUGA